AUGCCAUCGAAACAGAAACAAUCCACAGCUUCAGAAGAAACUGAAGAAGUCGAUGACGAAGUUGAGGAGAGGAGCAAAGGAGUGACCCGUGGGAACUCCACAAAAGGAGAGAGGAGUCGGAGGAAACACAAGAGCGCAGAGAGCUCUGAGACUCAGGAGGCCUCAGAGAAAGAGAAGAGAAAAGAGGGUGAACACGUAAAGGAGAAAAAGCGGAAAAAGAAAGCAAAGGAUGACUCUGAGGCUGGUGCUGUGAUUGAAAAUGAAGCUGAAGACGACGAGCAGAACAAUAAUGAUCCCACAAGCAAUUCCAAAAAGGAGAAAUCAGAGAAGCUCAAAGAGGAAGUGACUGAGGGGGUCAAGGAGGAAAAGAAGAAAAAGAAAAAAAAAACCUCUUCUGAAAGUCCACAGGGAGACAAGGAGAUGGGCUCCAAGGAUAAAAAGUCCAAAGACGAUAAAAAGAAAAAGGGGAAAAAGUCCAAAAAUAAACAGGUGGACUAUGCAGUGAUCUACCAGAACGAGCUGCUGAACUACCACACGGACUCAUCGGACGGAUACGAGGACGAGUACUACAAAAAGAAAGUGUAUGAGGUGGUCACUGUCACUGGUGAUGUAAAAGGAGCGGGGACCGACGCCAAUGUGUUUGUAACCCUUUUUGGAGAAUUUGGCGUCACGCCCAAGGUUCACCUGGCAAGCAAAAGCAGAACUGCGUUUGAAAAGAACAAGACUGACGUUUUCCGCGUCAAAACCCACAACGUGGGGCCUCUGAAGAAGCUGAGGAUCGAGCACGACAAUACAGGGAUGAACGGCAGCUGGUUCUUGGACAGGGUGGUGGUGACCGACAUGAACCGGCCCCAUCUGCGCUUCUAUUUCGCCUGCAACAACUGGCUGAGUCGGGAGGAGGCCGACAACCUGUUUGUCAGGGACCUGCUGGGCAGCCUCAACCCCAUGGACGUUCCAAAAUUGAAUAAAUACAUAGUGAGUGUGUUCACUCCUGAUAUUAAGGGAAGUGGAACGGAUGCUGAUGUCUUCCUGAAUAUUUUUGGAGAGAUCGGCGACACAGGAGAGAGACGACUGGACAGUGACAAAGACAACUUUGAACGGGGCUCAGAGGACAAGUUCACAAUAGAGGCUCCAAACCUGGGAAGAUUGAGGAAAAUCACCAUCGGGCACAACAACAGAGGUUCUUCGGCUGGAUGGUUUCUAGAUAAGGUGGUAAUCGAUGACAUGGGGAAUAAAGAAGUGUAUGAGUUCCCUGUUAAUCGCUGGUUCGCCUUAGAUGAAGGUGAUGGCAAAAUACAGAAAGAUGUGUUGGUUGGAUCAAUGCAACCGAUGGGAAUUGUGUAUAAUGUACAAGUGAUGACUGGAAAUGUGAGGGGUGCAGGAACCAACUCUAAGAUCCACAUGGUUAUGCACGGCUCCAAGGGCUUAAAGAACAGCGGCAAAGUGUUCCUGGAGGGCGGGGCUUUCGAGCGCGGUCUCAUCGACAUUUUCAACGUGGAGAUUUGUGAACUUAUCAGCCCGCUCAGCCGGGUCUCCAUUGGGCACGACAACGGGGCCGUUGGUGCCGGGUGGUACUGUGAAAAGGUUGUCAUAUACUGUCCUUUCACGGGUAUUGAGCAGACCUUUGCGUGCGGAAUGUGGUUGGACGAGGACGAGGGGGACGGACUGAUUGAGAGGGAGCUGUAUGAGAUGGUCUCUCUCAGGCAGAAGAAACAGAAGAAGUUCCCAUGGUCCCUUUGGAUUUGGACCUCCGAUGUGAAGGGGGCAGGGACAGAUGCUCAGGUGUUUCUGCAGAUCUACGGAGAGAAGGGAAAGUCCGAUGAGAUCAAACUGGAAAACAAAUCGGACAGUUUUGAGCAGGGCCAGCUUGAUAAGUUCAUUGUUGAAAUGCCAGACACAGGACGGCUGCGGAAAUUGCGCAUCUGGCACGAAAAGAGACAUCCAUUUUCUGGCUGGCAUUUAGCAAAGGUCACUUUGCUAAAGACCCUGACGAUGGAGAAAUAUUCUUUUGAGUGUGGCCGCUGGUUGGACGUCAACGAAGACGACAAUGAGAUCGUCAGAGAGCUUUCGGCCACAGGAGCUCUCAUCAACGAGCCUCUGCCCUUGAUUAAAUAUCGCGUCACCAUCUGCACCGGCAACGUCAGCGGCAGCGGCACAGAUGCCAGCGUCUUCCUCAAUAUUAUCGGUGACCUCGGCGACACGGGGGAGCGGCUCAUGAUUAUGAGUAAAAACAAUGUCAACAAAUUUGAAAAGGGAAACCACGACGAGUUCCUCAUUGAGUCUGUGAUCUUGGGUCGAGUGCACAGGGUGCGUGUUGGACAUGACGGCCGCGGAGGAGGCUGUGGUUGGUUCCUUGAUAAAGUCAUGGUUAGGGAGGAGGGUCAGCCGGAGACUAUGGCCAUUGUAUUCCCUUGUUUCAGGUGGUUGGACCGUAAUGAGGAUGAUGGACAAAUUGUCCGUGAGUUAGUUCCAGAUGGAGAUGGCCUGCGUCUCUUCAAUGUCAGCUACCAUAUUGCUAUCAAGACAGGGAAUGUGAAUGGCGCCAGCUCUGACUCUAGGGUGUUUGUGAAGCUUUACGGGGAGAAGGGGGACACUAACAAGAUGACACUGGCCGUUUCUGACAAUGACCUCAGGAACUACUUUGAGACAGGGCGCACUGACAUCUUCACCAUUGAAACCUUUGACAUUGGACAGAUCAACCGUCUCCUGAUCGGUCACACCAACGAGGGCCUGCGGGCCGGAUGGUUUCUGGACAGCGUGCAGAUCUCAGUGCAAGUUCACGGGAAGCAGUACAUGUUCCCGAGCGACCGCUGGCUGUGCAAAGAUGAGGCUGAUGGGAAAGUGGAGGUUGAGAUCUAUCCCAGCGAGAUCCUGGAGAUCGAACAAUUGAUCAACUAUGAAGUCACAGUGGUCACAGGGGACGUGCGUGCAGGUGGCACCAACGCCAAUGUUUUCUGUCAGAUCUAUGGAGAUGAGGGAAAAACUGAAGUCCUCAAUCUCAAGAGUCGCUCCAACAACUUUGAACGUAACACUACUGAAAUCUUUAAGAUUGAGGCUCAUGAUGUUGGCAAGAUCUACAAGAUUCGCAUCUACCACGAUGGGAAGGGUAUCGGCGAUGGUUGGUUCCUGGAGAAAGUGGACAUAAAGCUGCUGACGAUGGCUAUGGUGCAGGUUGAGGUGAAGAAGGAGGAGCCCAAGAAAGACAAGAAGGAGGAUGGAGAGAUCGUGGUUGAGCUGCUAACAGAGGACAAUGAAGACCUGGAGAUGAACUCAUAUGACGUUCACGUGUUCACUGGGGCCAUGUGGGGGGCGGGGACUGAUUCCAACGUUUACAUCAACAUCUACGGAGAGACUGGUGACACAGGGGAGCGACGGCUCAGGAAGUCCAACAACCUGAACAAAUUCGAGAAAAACCAGGAGGACAUUUUUGACAUCGCAGCGGUCGACCUGGGAGCCCUGAAGAAGCUGAGAAUCCGGCACGACAACAGCCAGGCCAGCGCCGGCUGGUUUCUGGAUAGAGUGGAGAUUGUAGACAACAAAGAUGACACCACGUACUUUUUUCCUUGUAAGCGUUGGCUGGCUACCGAUGAGGAUGAUGGACAGCUCGCCCGGGAGCUCGUUCCUGUGGACGAGGCCUUCAUGAAGAAGGGCGAUGAUGAUGAGGAAGACUCUGAAGCCACACUCGGUCUGGAACAGAAAGCCAUGUCAACCACAUACACAAUACGGAUUAAAACUGGUGACAAGAAAUACGCUGGAACAGACGCCAAUGUCUAUAUGAUCCUGUACGGUAGCAAGGACGACACAGGGAUAAUAAACCUCAAGGCAUCAAAGACCCAUAAGAAUAAGUUUGAACGGGGUAUGAUUGAUGAGUUCACUGUGGAAGCCGUGGACAUCGGACAGCUGAAGAAGCUCCGUAUAGGACACGACAACCGAGGAGGAUCAGCAGGUUGGUUCCUUGACUGGGUGGAGAUCGACGCCCCGUCUCUGGGACAGAAACUACGCUUCCCCUGUGGCCGUUGGCUGGAUAAAGGGGAGGAUGAUGGUGCCAUUUUCAGGGAUCUAUUCCCCAAUAAUCUUCAGACAGAGCUUUACACACCAUUUGUUCCUUAUGAGAUCAAAACCUUCACGAGUGACGUGUUUGGAGCUGGCACAGAUGCAGACGUCUUCAUCGUCCUCUACGGGAGAGAUGCAGUGUGCACACAGCAGAAGUGUCUGUGUGUCAACAAGAGGGAGAGGAGGAUGUACUUUGAGAGAGGAGCUGAGGAAAUGUUUAUUGUAGAGCUAGAAGACGUGGGGGACGUAAUUGAGAAGAUCCGUAUCGGUCAUGACAACCGUGGGGUUAACCCAGGCUGGCACCUGGACAGGGUGGAGAUCAGACGUCUGCUCAGAAAGGGAAAGGGUUCAGAGACGGUCAUCUUCCCAUGUGAGCGCUGGCUCGCCAAGUCGGAGGAUGAUGGAGAGACGGUGAGAGAGCUGGUGCCCUCUGACAUCAUUACUGAGAAGCUUUCACGAGACGGAAGCCUGAAAGUCACUGAAGUCGAGGUGGAGGAAGCUCUAGAGACUCACACAUACAACGUGUCAGUGAUGACAGGCGAUGUGUACGGAGCCGGCACCGACGCCAACGUCUUCCUCACAAUUUACGGGGACCUGGGCGACACCGGGGAGAGGAAGCUCAGCAAGUCUGAGACAAACAGCAACAAGUUUGAGCGAGGAUGUGUGGAUAAGUUUACUAUUGAGGCAGUUGACCUUGGACAGGUUUUCAAGAUAAAAAUCCGCCACGACAACAGCAUGAUGAGCGCUGACUGGUACUUGGACCAGGUGGAGAUUGUUGACGCGGACACGGAGGAGGUCUUCCUCUUCCUGUGUGAGCGUUGGCUGUCUCGGAAGAGGGAGGACAGACGCAUCAAGAGAGUCUUCUACGUCAAGGGUUUUGAAGGAGUAAGAGAGAGCAUCAACAGUAAGAAGAAGAACUCUGCUCUGAAAGUGAAGAGUGUCGACAGUAACAUGAACAAAAAGAACAAGAAGAAGAAGGAGGAGGAAAUUGAGCUCCCCAUCAUACCAUACCACAUCACCAUCUGUACGGGACUGGAGCGGGAUGCGAGCACCACCAGCAGGGCUUAUGUGAUCAUCGUCGGGGCCAAUCACGCCCAGACAGAGAGGUUGUGGCUGGACCUGGCAGAUGGGAGGAAGGGCUUUGAGGCUGGCUCUCUGGAGAACCUUGAGUCCCACGGUUUAGACGUGGGCGAGAUCAAAAAGGUUGAGCUCGGCCACGAUGGAGCCACUCCGGAGAGCUGCUGGCUGGUUGAUGAGCUGGCUGUUGCCGUACCAACCAAAGGGGUCAAAUAUAUCUUCGCUUGCAAGUGCUGGCUGGCCAAAGACAGGGGGGAUGGGUUGACUGCUAGAAUAUUCAACGUGUUGGAUGCAGAGGCCAUUUCCAUCUCCCAGAAGAUUAUUUAUGAGGUGACAGUGUCGACGGGAAGCGUGCAGGACGCAGGGUCAGACACGCAGAUCUUCAUGUCUGUGUUUGGGGCCAACGGCAGCACAGAGGAGAUGCUGCUACAGAAGAACGAGGACAGGUUUGAGCGCGGUCAGGACGACACUUUCAACAUGGAGAUUGAAGACAUUGCCCCGCUGAAGAAGAUGAGGCUUCGUAUUGAUGGCUCCGGCAGUCGACCUGACUGGUUCGUGGACAAGGUGAUCAUGCGUAACCUGACCACAGAGGAGGUGUCGGUGUUCACAUAUGAGGAUUGGCUGUCCAGGACACAUGGACCAAAGAGGACGAUGAUCUGCGAGAUGGGCGCUGUGGUGGACGAGGAGAUGAUGGUGGAGCUCAGCACCUACAUCAUCCAGGUCAAGACCAGUGACAUUGCAGGAGCGGGCACUGAUGCCAAUGUGUGGGUCAUCAUUUUUGGAGAGAACGGAGACACGGGGACGCUGGCGCUGAAAGAAUGCAACAAGUCCAACAAGUUUGAGCGCAAACAGAUGGACACGUUUCGCUUCUCAGAAAUCCUCAGCCUGGGAGAGCUCUCCAAAGUGCGGGUGUGGCACGACAACGCAGGUCCUGCUCCAGGAUGGCAUUUGGAGUACAUCGAUGUGAAGGAUGAGAUCAUGGACAAAACCUUUCGCUUCCCGUGUGACCGCUGGCUCGCCAAGAACGACGACGAUGGACAGAUAAUGAGAGAACUGGCUUGUGCUAACAACGACUACUUAGACCUCAAUGAGAAGACCAAAUAUGAAAUUGUUGUCACGACUGGAGACACAGCUGAGGCUGAAACCAAAGAAAACACCUGGAUCAUUCUCGAGGGGAGGAAGGGUCGAUCCAAAGAGAUGGUCAUGGAGAACUCGUCAAAGAAGAAGCGGUUCUUGCGGGGAAAUGUCGACAGAUUUGAGUUUUCGUCCAAGAACCUGGGUGAUAUCGCAGGAAUCUGCCUGGGCCACUCACCCAAGGAUGGAAAGAAAGUAAAGGGGGAAUUUUACUGGCAUGUCGUGUCUGUUGUCGUCACUGAAAGAGAACUGGGAAACAAGUACAUCUUCAAUUGCAAAGCCCUCAUCCCUCUCUCGGCUAAAAGGGAUGAUUUCUUGACCUUUGAGUGCUCAAAGACAAUGGAGAGCUUCGCCAGUAAAGCUCGAAGCCUGGUCCCAGUCAAGUACGAGAUCAUCGUCAUCACAGGCGACGAGAAAGGAGCAGGUACAGAUGCCAACGUCUUCAUCACCGUCUACGGCUCCAAUGGAGAUUCAGGCUGCCGGCAGCUGCGGCAGAAGUUCCGCAACCUUUUCGAACGAGGGCAAACGGACCGUUUCCUGUUGGAAAUGUUGGACAUGGGAGAGCUGCAGAAAGUGCGGGUGGCGCAUGACAACUCUGGUUUGAGCCCCGGCUGGCAGCUGGACCGCGUGGAAGUCACCAAUACGGCCAACGGUGUCACCACCAUCUUCCUCUGCGGGAAGUGGCUGGACACGAAGAGGGCCGAUGGGAAAAUCACUAGGGUGAUCUACCCGAAAUAUUAA